AUGGGAAAUAAUAAGUUUUCACAUGAUUUCUUUACGUGGAAUAAUACUAAUACAUCCAUGUCACAGUCAACCCCAAAUAUCAAACCACCACCAAAACGGAGCAACCGACCGACCAAAAGGACAACAUUCACUUCUGAGCAGGUCACACUUUUGGAAUUGGAAUUUGCAAAGAAUGAAUACAUCUGCAAAGAUCGACGAGGAGAAUUGGCACAAGUUAUUGACCUAACCGAAUGCCAAGUUAAAACUUGGUUUCAGAAUAGGCGAACAAAGAAAAGAAGAUGCAAUUCACCACUCCGAAAGAGCAUGAUCUGCAAACCUGACGAACGUUCCUCAUCCCCAUCCCCAACUCCAUACGUCUCUCCGCCACUACCGAUGCCCAGUUUACAAUCGUUCUUCCAAGGAUGGCCCACACACUUCUCGUACCAACUUCCAAUUGAUCAACAGAACAAGAAUACAUAA